CUAACUACACUUGCUCACUCGUCAUCUUUUCGAUCCCUUUCGGUUUCGGACCUGCAAUUGCAAAUUACAAUCCUCUCCUUUCCUCUCUUCUCGUCCGCAAAACCCUAGAUUUCCUCCUCCACUUUCCAUGAGAGGCUCUGAGUGAGUUUUUUCUUUCCCAUCCAAACACCCCCUUCUCUCUAUGGACCAGACGGUCCAGACCCACUCCUACGACUACGACUACUACUACUACUACUACUACUCCGCCUCACUCCACAACCACCACCACCACCACCACCACCUCACCGUCUCAAAACCCUAGCUUCCCAUCCAUGGAUUCCCGCCGAUCAACUCGUACGGUGAUCGACCCCAAGGUGCGCCAGGUGGGUUUCUUCGCCCCCGGAGCCGCCCCGCCUAGUCGCUCCCGGUCCGGCCCCCCCGAUCGCUCCUCCUCGUCCCCUCCGGUCUCCGACAUCUCCCCCUCCGGUAACUCCCUCUCCCCGGUGAUGAUCCCCCCUCCCCGCCACCUUUCCGACCUUGGCCGUCAGGUUCAGUUCCACGCCGCUCCUCUCUCCCCUCUCCGGCGACCGUCCGCGGGUGAUUCCAUUCCCGUCGGCAGCUACAAUCCCACCGAAUUCACCUCCCCGACGGCCUAUACGGAAGAGAUACCCUCCCCGGUCUGGACGGCUCGCAGGGGCGGUUCAGGGAAAUUCGCUUCAUCGCUCCCUAGCGGCGGAUUCGACUUAGCUGCCGCGAAGGCUAACAACUUUCCCGCGAGCAGCUUGACGACGGUCUCAAUGGUCAACACGCCCCCUGGUAUUUCUGCUUUCCAAGACAAAAAGGACCCAAAAGCUUCUUUUGCAGAAAAAGAUGGAGGAUCAUCAGUUGAAAUUCAAAAGGAAAUAUCUGCAAGUUUGAAGCCACUAAAAGAAAGAACGUCAAAGGCUGAUAGGCGUGCUCUUCAAGAGGCUCAACGAGCUGCAAAAGCUGCUGCAAAAGUGGAAGAAAAUAGAACCCCUGUAGCUGCUUCAGCAGCAGUGAAUGCAAAGCCAGCUAAAGCAACAAAGGCUUCUUCACAAAGGAAUGACAGUUCUACAGUUGCAGCUCCUGAGAGAAAAGGGGGUGAUCGUCCAUCUGACAAAGACCGGAAGAAAGAUGUCCCUCAUCCACGGAUGCAGUUUGAUGACAAGAGUCGUGUGGAGAAGGCAAAAAAGAGGGCAGUUGUGAUGCAAACUGAAGCUAGGAACAGGGUUGAACUCUUUAGGCAUUUACCCCAAUAUGAACAUGGGACACAACUACCCAGUCUUGAAUCAAAAUUCUUUCAACUUGAUCCAGUUCAUCAUGCUGUUUAUAAGGUCGGGUUAAGGUACUUAGCUGGAGACAUAUCUGGUGGCAAUGCCCGUUGUAUUGCAAUGCUUCUAGCAUUUCAGGAGUCGAUUAAAGAUUACUCAACCCCACCUGAAAAGGCUUUUGCAAGAGACUUGACUGCAAAAAUUAAUUGUUACGUGUCAUUUCUUAUUGAGUGCAGGCCCCUUUCAAUCAGCAUGGGGAAUGCAAUUAGGUUUCUUAAGACUAGAAUUGCCAAAUUACCUUUGACUCUGUCUGAGUCAGAAUCAAAAACAACUCUUCUAUCAGAUAUUGAUUGUUUUAUAAACGAGAAGAUAAUACUGGCAGAUAAGGUGAUAGUCAGGCAUGCUGUAACAAAAAUCAGAGAUGGGGAUGUUCUUCUCACAUAUGGAUCAUCAUCUGCUGUUGAAAUGAUUCUGUUACAUGCCCAUGAGCUUGGUAAACAGUUCCGAGUUGUAAUUGUCGAUUCCCGUCCAAAGCUUGAAGGCAGGCUGUUACUUCGUAGGUUGAUGGGAAAGGGUCUUAGUUGUACAUACACUCAUAUUAAUGCUGUUUCUUAUAUCAUGCAUGAAGUCACUCGAGUAUUUUUGGGGGCUUCAUCAGUUUUGUCCAAUGGAACGGUUUACUCAAGGGUUGGGACUGCAUGUGUUGCUAUGGUUGCUCAUGAGUUCCAGGUUCCCGUCCUAGUAUGUUGUGAAGCAUAUAAAUUCCAUGAGAGGGUGCAGCUUGAUUCAAUUUGUUCUAAUGAACUUGGUGAUCCAGAUGUUAUAUCAAAGGUUCCUGGUAAAGGAAAAAUCAACCAUUUGAAUGAUUGGGCUACUAAUGAAAAUUUACAGCUUCUGAACCUUAUAUAUGAUGCAACUCCUUCAGAUUAUGUAUCAAUGAUUAUCACUGAUUAUGGCAUGGUCCCACCCACAAGUGUUCCUGUCAUUGUUCGGGAGUACCGGAGGGAACACUUGUGGAUAUAGAGAGAGGUUCAUUUACAAAACUUGGAGGCUUCUGAAAUUUUGCCCAUGUUCAAAUCUCACCCCGGUGCCAAAUAAGAAAAAAAAAAAAAAAAAAAAUUCAACAAAGUUCAGUCUUCUUUCUUUACCAGUUCAGUCCCGAAUAAUGCCAUUUGCGUAGGUCAAAUUCGCUGCUGAUGCUGUUGUUUUUGGAUUCUUGAUUGUUUUCACCUGACUCAGUGAAGAGUGCGACUGUCACGCCUCUCCGGGCAGCUUUUAGGGAUGCAUUUUCAAUGUUGUGGCAAGCCUGUUAACCCGCCAUUGGGAUGGAAAAAUGACGACAGUUAUGGGAGGAUUUUGUAUGUUUUUCUAAUUUUGGACAAUAGAACUUAAUAUUGUUACCUGUUUUGUGGCACAAUUUUGAGCCGAUAUGGAUGGCUUGCUUUCAAUGGCCAAGGGGGGAUCUAUGUAUGACGGCUUGGCAAAGAGGGUUUAGACAGCGAUGUAAAUGAGUUUUCUAAUAAACUUUAUUUUCGUACUUGUUUUAAAUAA